UCCGCGCGUCUUCGCCUCCGACCGUCAUGGUGUUGGUCUCUUCAGAGCUCAGAGACGCGCGGACGGUUGCACUCUCGGCCGUGUCUGCCGUGCUGCUCGUAUCUUUAGUGAGCUGGAGAGUCUGGAGACGCAGAGGACACUCCCGAGCACCAGAUGAACAGUCUAGCGCUGAGCCGAAUACCCGUACCGUCGGGCGACACGAGGCUACUGUGCAGUCUGAAGAGGUGCAUUCGACUACGGGGAAGUGUUCUUCCGCUGAACAGCACGAGGAUCGUGACCAUCAUCGUCACCACCAUCAUCACCAUCAUCAUCACAAGCACGCAAAGUCCUUAAGCCCAGGGAGCCAGGACAGCCAUUCGUCGCAUGAGCGCAACCAACACGGAGAAACGGACAGACUGUUGCACUCAAGAGCUCAGACACAACCAAAUUAUUCUGGGACAUCUCACAGCUCCCAUGCCUAUCAUGACGAUUCAGAACAUUCUUCUCGUAUAUUGCUCUUCCAUGGUGCGUAUAAAACGGAUUCCAGGAGAAACUUUAGCGUUUAGGUUCAGUUGGUGUCCAGUUUUACUGAUGGGUAACAACUAUACCAGAUACUCAUGAUGAACCGGAUUCGAUAUCUCAUGUUCACCAUGGGGAAGGUAUUGAGUCAACAGGUCGGACGAGUUCCGGAUCUGGUCAUCGUAGUUCAAACGGCAAUGUCCCGCAUCAUUAUCAUGACUCAAAUUCCCAACGAAUCGUUCAGAGUCCCGGAAGGGUCUCAUCUGAGGACGAUGAGUUACAUGAAAGACUACGGAGACAUACGAUAAACUACCUCGAAGAAAAUCCUGACGAAUGGGAACUUGGAUACGAGAAAUAUGGACUCUCUCCCCGCCCUCCGGAAGGGCCCGGAAUGCACUAUCGGGAACUGGCUUUACAAGAAGCUAGACUACGUAAGAACGCUUUUGAGAAUUCGAAGAAAGCUUUCAAAAUGGGAAGAAAAGCGGAAGCCAAACAACUGAGCGAGCAAGGAAAGCACCAUGAUGAGAAUGCCAGGAGAUAUAACGCUCUUGCUGCUCAGGAGAUAUUCUCAGCCAAUAAUCCUCAGUAUUUUACUGCAAGGCGACUAUCGAAAUGUGACUUGCAUGGUUUACAUGUUGAGGAAGCUAUGGCUUAUGCUCGAGACCAUCUUGUUGCUUGCCGGGCCGCCAGAGCGGACAAGACGAUGCUCAUUGUCGGGAGAGGAUCACAUAGCCAGCAAGGGGGUUCGAGGAUCAGACCUGCGAUCCUAUCAAUGUUAUCGGGGACAGGUGGCAUCGUAGCCGGAGUGCAUGAGAAGAAUGAAGGAUGCAUUGUCGUAGAUUUCGCAGUUGGCCGUUGACGUGAAGCGAUUUGCUUAGAAUGGACAACCUUCCUGUUUCACCCCAAUACUUCCUUGAGACUUCGUUUCAUAUCUGGAUCUCGAAUCCGUAUUUACGUCUUGCUUAUUACUCUCCGCGUCUGACGGGACUUUUGGACUCCUUUCCUUUCGUGUUUAUCCACAUUGCUUCUUUAAUACGUUGGCCGUUAUGCGACCUUCACGGCAUACGCUUUCUUGAUUUCUGUAAAUAGCAAGCUUUUGUUCAUCCAUCCAAUCGUUCCCGCUUCUGUGAAUACUGGAUGAAACAUUCUCUGCACGCGCCUUUGAUCUCUUUCACAAGAUAUUGUGGUCAAAUGGUCCGCCACAGUACUUGGGAUAUUGGUGGUUGAGGGUAGAAGCCAACUCUCACUUGUUUCAAUCCUGACCGACAUGUCUUUUAUUAGCUAAUUUCUCAACGAAAUACGCUUAUUGCC